UGUCAGUUUCUUGCAUGCUCAUUUACACACUUGUGAAAUGUUUUAGGACUCAGUGGCCUUUGAGGAUGUGGCUGUGAACUUUACCCAAGAGGAAUGGGUUUUGCUGGAUCCUUCUCAGAAGAAACUGUACAGAGAUGUGAUGCAGGAAACCUUUACUAACCUGGUCUCUAUAGGGAACAAAUGGGAGGACUUAAAUGUUGAAGAUCAGUACCAAAGCCUGGGGAGUGUUCCAAGAAGUCAUGUGGCAGAGAGACUCUGUGAAAAGAAAGGAAGUAGUCAAUUUGGAGACACUUUCAGUCAGACUCCAAUUCUGAAAUUGAACAAGAAAACUCUUAGUGGAGCAAAACCAUACGAAUGCAAUGUGUGUGGAAAAGCCUAUAUGUGCCAUUCAUCUCUUAAUAGACACAUGAAAUCUCAUACUGAGCACAAACCAUAUGGGCAUAACAAAUAUGGAGAAAAGUCAUAUGAAUGUAAGGAAUGUGGGAAAACCUUUAACUUUCGAAGUUCGUUUCGAAUCCAUGAAAGGACUCACACUGGAGAGAAACCAUACAAAUGUAAGCACUGCGGUAAAGCUUUCAGUUGGCCCAGUUCCUUUCAGAUUCACGAAAGAACUCACACUGGAGAGAAACCUUACGAAUGUAAGGAAUGUGGAAAAGCCUUCAUUUAUCACACCACCUUUCGGGGACACAUGAGAGUACACACAGGCGAGAAACCGUAUAAGUGUAAAGAAUGUGGGAAAACCUUUAGUCACCCCAGUUCAUUUCGAAACCAUGAAAGAACACACAGUGGAGAGAAACCCUAUGAGUGUAAACAAUGCGGAAAAGCCUUCACAUAUUACCAAACUUUCCAAAUACAUGAAAGGACUCACACUGGGGAAAAGCCCUAUCAGUGUAAACAGUGCGGGAAAGCUCUCAGUUGUCCCACAUCCUUCCGAAGUCAUGAAAGGAUUCACACCGGAGAGAAACCCUACAAAUUAGAUCUUCUUCCUGCUAAAGGUUUUCUCUGUCCUGCUAUGUUCAAAAGACUGCUGAACAGUGUGCCUCCUCACAUGCUGCCUGAGAUUGCUCCUGCACGGAAGUCUGCUGCCAGGUACAUUCAACGCAUCCUGUUGUUUCUCAAACGGCAUCUCAUCAGGAUUCCUAGAAAAAAAACCACAUCCAAAAUAAAUUAUAUUCCUCAAAUUUCUUUUCUGCUGGGGGCGAAGCCGCGAGGCCACAGCACCGCUCUCCCACCCCCGGAGUCCCUGCGCCGCUGUCCCUACACACCACAAACCCGACGCGGACCCCGCAGGCCCGGGGUGAGGGCUGCAGCUCUGGGCCGCACACGCCGUGCCCACGGACACGAGGACCCACACCCACUGGCCUCCCAGGACUCGCCCACUCCCGCCGCGCCACCGGGACACACGGGAGGCCUGAGGGUCGCAGGGCCCGCGGGCCUGACGGCACGGCCGCACACACUCACCGCUCCCCGGCUGCUGCCGAGCCCGGUGUCCUUCCGACGGCUCCCGCGGGGCAGCGAGCGCACAGGGCGGCCGGGCCCCCGGGGCCUCUCCCGGACACACGGCCAGCGAGCUGCCGACGGAGCCCGGCGCGUCUGUGACGACAGAGCAGCCGCAGCCAAUCGGCGCGCGCUGGGCUUAGGGGCUGUACCUCGGGUUCGGGGCGGGGCUUCGCCUCAGGCCUGA